UUUGAGCUAUGCUAUAGAUAAAUACAUAGAUGCAUAGAUACAAUAUGGACCGCAAUGAAUAUUAUUAAAAAAGGAUCUAAAAGAGCUAAAAAUUGAGAAGAUAAUAAUGAUAAAGAUUAUACUAUUGCAAUACAUGUUUAUAUGUUAUUGUAUAUAUCUAUUAUUACCGUGUAUUGUAAUGAUAAAUUUAAUGAACAAAUUAUGUAUUAUGUAUUAUGUUCAUUUAUGUACAAUUGAAAUUAGUCAUUUGCGUGAUACUAUUUUAAGGAUUGUAAACAGUGACGUAAGACAUUUAUAGGACACAAAUUUUCUUUUCUUCGUUCACUGCUUUGUAAACUUGUCUCUUUAUCUUUAUUGUGGAAAUAUUUAACAAUACUGUAAUGUAAGACCGAACGUUUAAUAAUAUUGUUCAAAAUGCAGCGUGCAGUUUCCUUUUUCUAAUUUGUUGCUAUAAUCAAUUCCUAUUAACUUAAAUGCUUAUACGUCAGAAUCUGUCGAAGCAGGAUAUGUUGGACAAUUUUUUCUAUCGUAUUCGUGAUGAUAUCGCAUUGACGUUUUAAAAGUAAAUCCAGUAUGUCUUGCAGUAUUUGUCAAGCAAAAUUUUCCUUCUUUACAAGAGAAGUUGCUUGCCCAGGCUGUGGCUUUUCUUGUUGCAGUAAGUGCCUUAAAUAUAAAUAUAACAUUCCAGAUAAAGGAGUGAAAAAGAUCUGUGGACGUUGUUUUAAUAACCAUAAUUUUACAAGCAAGUCAAGUUCGAAUAAUAGUAUUGAGAUGGACGAGCAUGAAAAACCGAUGGCUCCAGUAGACAUAACAAAAAAACUGGAAUCACUGGAGAAUCCUGCAAAGCCUCCCAUUAUAAUGUAUAAGCAUACAAAUCAUUGGGAUAGAUUCAAAACUGGUUUAGAACCAGCUGAUCAAGAGAUAGUUGAAAGAUUAAGGAAAUUAAAGGAAGAAGACAAAACUACAGCUUUAAGCGUAGAUGAAAUAAGGAGAAGAUUAGCAUUGCUGAAGGAUGAAGAUCCGGAUGUUAGGCAACGCGCAAUAAAUACACAUCAAGUGGAUACCAGAACGGAUCAACAGAAGACGGAUGAUUUAAUACAGGAAUAUCUAAAACAAUUAGAACUAUCUUCGAGCAGCGAUUCAGUCAGUGAAAUUCAAGCACGGCUGAAAUCACUGCAAGGCAUUAGCGACAAACCUAGAGAGCAUUCGGCUAAUGAUGAUGAUGAUGAUGAAAAACAGGUGACAAAGAAAUUAAUUGCAAAAGCUUUGGCAGAAGCGGAAUUGGAGAAAAAAUAUGAAGAAAAUGUGGAUGAACUUGAAGAAAUGGAAAUUGAGGAGGCAAAGCAUACCGAUGACGAAGAGGAACCGAGUUGCGUAAUGUGCGAACAAACCGAAGAUUUACAGCGAUGUAUAGGUUGUCAUGGCGACCUUUAUUGUCUCGUAUGCUUCAAAGAUAAUCACGACGAGUUUGAGUUGAAAAUGCACAAAAGAGAACCAGCAACAAAACGUAAUCAACAUUAAGCGGAAUCGCUAGAAAUUUUAAAGAAACGCUUCGCAACAAUUCAUGUGCAGUUUCAUUGCUAAAAGACACUUGCAACCGUAUAAUUUUUGCAAACAAAACUGAAACUAGCAUCGUCACUUGCAAUUUUUUAUAUUGGAAUUAUAAAUACCAUCGUUUAAACAGAAUACAUUGCUUGCAAAGUAUACAGACACAUAAAAUAAAUAAUACAUAAUUAUACAUAAUUGGUAAGCGUUCUAGCUGUAAGUUUCAAGCCUAGAUUGUGAUUGUAUCAAUUAUAUUGAAAAUUAUUGUUGUGCUACAUCACUUUCACAGUAAGUAAUUUUAUAACAAUUUUAAUUUGACAAAUUUAAUAAGAUAUACACGCUUUUGCUAAAAAAAAAAACUAAAUUAUUUAUUCAUAUAAUUAACUCUGUCUCCGUUAAUUUCUAAUGUCUAAAGUCUUGUUAAGCAAAUAAAUACCUAAAUUUUAAUUAAACAUAUUUAAAU